UUUUUCAACCCACUAUUUAUUUUCAAAACUUAUUAUUGUAGCAGGGGCUAAAGCCCAAGUCUUUCCUUACCCAGUUUGAGUCUUUUAAUAUUUGGAUUUUUUAACUACUUCUGGCACUACCCCUCAUGCUCAUAUAACAACUGGAGAUAAGUUCAAAAACAAUGGGAGAGCUGUUUUUGCUGUAUUUGUUACAGCAGUUCCAGCCAAUGCUGUAGAUGAUGCUGUGGCAAAUGCUGCCAUCUCUAGGCUGAGUCUUGCAGCGAGUUUGAUAAGAACAGUUUGCAUAAAUUAAAUCUGUUGGCAUAGAGAUAACCCAUAUCAAGCAGUGACAAACAAAACCAAAAAGUGCUGGCUUAGGGGAGGAGAGUGGCAGUAUAAUCUGGCAAAAGGCUUGGUUUGAGUCUAGCACUUAGCAUGAGAGGGAGCCUGUCAGCUGAUGCACUUCUGGGUUUUGAUCCGUAUAAGCUUUCAACCUGUGGUUUAAAACAAGGCAGUGACUGAUCCCCACACAGCCACUCACUCUCUUCCCCAUGGGAUGGGAUGGGGGACAGAAUUGGAAGAGUAAAAGUGAGUAAACUCAUGUGUUGAGAUAAAGAAAGACAGUUUAACAGAUAAAGCAAAAGCUGCACACACAAGCAAUGCCAAACAAGGAAUUAAUUCAGUGCUUCCCAUGGGCAGGCAGGUGUUUGGGUAUCUCCAGGAGAGCAGGAUUACUCGGGGAGACAAAUACCAUCACCCCAAACAUCCCCCUGCUUCCUCCUUCUUCCCCAAGCUCUGUAUAUGAGCAUGAGCUCUGGUCAGAGGAGGGGAUAUCUGAUGUUAACAGGCUCUGGUUUGAGUUAUCAGAUUGCAAUGAAAACUGUCCUUUGUUUAUAAAUGCCAUAUGUCACUAGUUUUGGGGUAACUUGCAUUUUGUUGUAAAAGCCCAUGUAUCAUAUACAGUGCUUUGGCAGUUAGAGAUCCUGCUGCCAGAUAAUCCUGGUUUCUUGCUGUCAGAGUCAGAAAAAAGAAAAUUGUGUCAGGCAUGGCUUUCUCUGGCAUGGUCCUAGGUAGCUCAGCUGGAUGGAUCCCAAGAUAAUAUUCCCUAAAAUAAUUAAACCCUAGGUAGUCCCUUUGUUUAGGAACACUAGUGUGGGAGGCAUGGACUGUGAGUGUUGUUACCCUUUUGCCUUUAAAACCAGAGGUAUUUUCAAAUUCUGUGUGUACAUGAUUAUUGUUAAACAUUUUUUGCACCAUCUCAACAGCUAUCGCUGUAUCUUUUCUUCUUUGCAUCUUCUGCCUGCAAAGGAAGCAUGACAGUGCAGCACCAGGCUUGAUAGUGUGCAGCUGUGGCCUAGUAUUUGUUGAUACUUGUUCUUGUAACAUCUUCCACAGCAUAAGGAAAAAAGUUGUAAAAAUUAAUUAAUAAUAUAUUUUUUACCUACAAUAAAAAUAUAUAGUUUUCAACUUGAGCGUGGGACCAAUUAAAACAGGCUUGCUACCUCUACUACCUGCUUUUAUCCUGCUCUGGAUAGAGCUGUAAAAGAAUAAUAGAAUCUUCUUGCAGUCCUAGCAGCCAUGAGCAACCCAUAUCCCCAAGGUGCUUCUCUUGCAGCCCUGUCCCUCAGUUUUUGUUACUGUGAUUUGCUGCUGGGCAAUAGCUGUAAACUCUUGUUAAACCAUUACAUUUUUAGAACAGUUGCACUGCAUCUUAGUCUGACUUAUCUAUUCCCAGUACAUGAGCUCCAGCUCCUGGUUUUUCAUUUCUAUAUUCCUGAUGUGAUCUUUGGAAUAACAUUCCUGUGGCAAUAGAUGGGGGGGGGUGCCAUUUCUGUGAAAAGGGUGUGUUCUCUGGGUUUGGUUUGAUUGGACAAAGUCAGCCAAACACAUUGAUCUUGUUUAUUUACAAAGGUGAGGAUUUUGAGGGUGGGUUUUCCCCUCUACCUGAUUGCAACACUGGGUUCUAGAUAGGCACAGCUCUUCAGGCCAUCACCACAUGGUAAAUGUGAGGCUGCUGCACGCCGCAGCCCUUCUUGGUCAAGGAACAAUUUCUGGAGUGAAAUCAUGCCGAGGUACACGGUGCACGUCCGAGGAGAAUGGCUGGCAGUGCCGUGCCUAAGCUCCACAAACACCAUCGAGUGGCUGGGAAAGGAAGCUGUGAGACGGUACAUGAAAAACAAACCUGACAAUGGGGGAUUUGCCUCAGUGGAGGAGGUAAAGUUUUACAUUCGAAGGUGCAAGGGACUUGGCUUGCUGGAUCUUGAUGACACCGUGGGGGAUGCUCUAGAAGACAAUGAAUUUGUUGAAGUUGUUAUAGAAGGAGAUAUAAUGUCUCCAGAUUUCAUACCAUCUCAGCCAGAAGGAGUUCAUUUAUACAGCAAAUACCGAGAACCAGAUCAGUAUAUUUCUUUAGAUGGCAACAGCUUAACAACGGAGGACUUGGUCAAUUUAGGAAAAGGACUCUACAAGAUAAAGCUCACAUCUGAAGCUGAAAGUAAAGUCAAAAAAUCUCGAGAAGUGAUUGAAAGGAUAGUAAAGGAACAGACGGUUGUUUAUGGAAUCACCACGGGUUUUGGAAAGUUUGCCAGGACUGUCAUCCCAAACAGUAAUCUGAGGGAGCUUCAAGUGAACUUGGUUCGUUCACAUUCUGCAGGUGUGGGGAAACCUUUGACCCCAGAGAGAACUCGCAUGCUGUUGGCACUAAGAAUCAAUGUCCUAGCCAAAGGAUACAGUGGAAUAUCCCUAGAAACCCUCGAGCAAGUUAUUGAAGUGUUUAAUGCAUCCUGCCUUCCUUAUAUCCCAGAGAAAGGGACAGUUGGAGCCAGCGGAGACUUGGCCCCUCUCUCUCAUCUUGCUCUGGGAUUAAUUGGAGAGGGAAAGAUGUGGUCCCCGAAGAGUGGCUGGGCUGAUGCUAAAUAUGUCCUGGAAGCCCAUGGACUGAAACCAAUCACCUUGAAACCAAAAGAGGGUCUGGCCCUCAUCAACGGGACACAGAUGAUCACCUCGCUGGGAUGUGAGGCUGUGGAAAGAGCCGGAGCUAUAGCAAGGCAAGCUGACAUCAUCGCUGCCCUUACACUGGAAGUCCUGAAGGGUACAACGAGGGCCUUUGACACUGAUAUCCAUGCAGUGCGCCCGCAUCGAGGGCAGGCUGAAGUGGCCUUUCGAUUCAGGUCCCUUCUAGAUUCUGACCAUCAUCCAUCAGAAAUAGCAGAGAGCCAUAGAUUCUGUGACCGAGUUCAGGACGCGUACACAAUGCGCUGCUGUCCUCAGGUCCAUGGAAUUGUAAAUGAUACAAUUGCUUUUGUGAAGGACAUAAUAACAACGGAAAUCAACAGUGCCACGGACAACCCUAUGGUGUUUGCUGAAAGAGAAGAGACCAUUUCUGGAGGCAAUUUUCAUGGUGAAUAUCCUGCAAAGGCUCUGGACUAUUUAGCAAUUGGUGUGCAUGAACUCGCUGCAAUUAGUGAAAGAAGAAUUGAGAGGCUCUGCAACCCCUCACUCAGUGAACUGCCUGCAUUUUUAGUCACUGAAGGAGGCCUGAACUCAGGCUUCAUGAUUGCACACUGCACAGCAGCUGCCCUGGUGUCUGAGAACAAAGCCUUGUGCCACCCCUCUUCUGUGGAUUCUCUCUCAACCAGUGCUGCUACAGAGGAUCACGUGUCCAUGGGAGGAUGGGCUGCAAGAAAAGCUUUGAGAGUUAUUGAACAUGUGGAACAAGUUCUGGCCAUCGAGCUGCUCGCCGCCUGCCAGGGCAUUGAAUUCCUCCGCCCUCUGAGAACGACAACCCCAUUGGAGAAGGUCUACGACCUUGUGCGCUCCGUGGUGAGGCCCUGGAUAAAGGAUCGCUUCAUGGCCCCAGACAUUGAAGCAGCUCACAGGCUGCUCGUGGAGCAGAAGGUGUGGGAAGUGGCUAAACCUUACAUUGAAAAGUACAGGAGGGAACACAUCCCUGAAUCAAGACCCAUUUCACCUACAGCUUUCUCCCUGGGAUCGCUGAGAAUGAGUGCAGAUUACAGUCAUGAGCACAGGCAUCAGAAUGAACUUUGAGUUGUGAUCCUCUGGAAGAGAGCAGAUCCUUUCCAGAACCUUGCUUGAGCAUGGCCGUUCUACUCACGCUCAAUGUGGUUUCUCCAGGCGACCUAGAGGACCUGACUGUCUAGCUCAGAAGCA